GUCAACGACCAACACGAAACGAAACGCAAACCGCGCGCCAACGAAGUGAAUGAAGAACGAUAUUUUGUUUUUUUGUUUACUUUAUUGCUGAUUUUCUUAUGAAAAUAAUUAAGUUGGUGUACUUUCAAACUUAAUAACAUAGAUUUUAGUAUUCGUGUAUUACAAAAGUGUCUUUGUCUUCGUGUUUUAAACUGUCGAUAAGGACCAGGAGUUUGCAGUAUCCUUUGCCAAGUGAGAUUUGCUGCUUCUAAUCUUUAAACCAUGGAUGCUGCUCAAGAAAACGCAGACAUACGCCCGGCCAAUGUUGAGGAGAAUGAGCUUGCAAUGCGCGAGCGAGCGGAGCGGGUCCAACACGCUAUAUCAUGUUGGGAUGCGGGCUGCAGCCAGCCAUUUUGUUUGAAAAUAACGGUCUUGAAGAACCACUUUGCUAUAUGCCAGCAAAGAACAAAUUGCAGGCAAUGCAAACUUCUGUACAAAUUCUUCGGUUACCACACCGAAAGGUGCACUGAUGACAAGUGCCAGGUGCGAUUUUGCUUAUGCAUAAAGAAGAAAUUGGCGUUGAAACAAACUUUGGCAUAUAAGAGGCAUCCUGCUGUGGAUCUUCUACUCAAAACCAUCUCUACGGAUCGCCUCAACUAUUUCGGGGGAGCCCAGGACAGAUCGGAAUAUGCGGUGAAAGUGGAAAACUACAUUUACGAACGUGCGUUCACGCAGAGCGAAUACUAUCGCCUUCUGGCAGUUAAGAUGUGGGAGAUAGAAAUGGACAUAGAUGAGAGAGAGGAUGAGAGAUUCGGUUAUUAUUGGGACCACCGUGACGUGGAGUCGAAGGCUUGUCAGACUGACGAUGUUCUCAUUAUUGCACCGGAGGACAAUUGAAAAUUUAACAAUUCUUUCAAGUGUCUUAUGAUACACUGCAAUGAUAGCAAUUUGAUUUGUGAUAUUUCUGAUUCAUAUUCGUAUAAGCUUUUUAUGAUUUUUUGUACACAUUGAUAUGUCAAGAAGCCGGGUUUUUUACUUCGUUCCGAGGACAACUCAGCAAACUUGAUACAAUGAAUGUGUAAACAAGGUUUUGAUUUGAUUAAUAAAUAAGGACCUGUUUGUUUAGAAUAAGUAUAGGUUUGAUAUAAUUGUAUUAAGAAAUGAAAACCAAAGACUGCAAUAAU